AUGCCGCCCCGCCACCGAAGCCCCGACGGUGGUGACCUUUGCGCGAUUUUUGUUCAUGCCGGAGCUGGUUACCACUCGUAUCAGAAUGAAAGACAUCAUCUCGCCGCAUGCAACGAUGCCGCCAAGGUUGGAAUGACCAUACUAAAGAAUGGAGGGGAGGCUACAGAUGCCGUUGAGAUGUGCAUUCGCGUUCUCGAGGAUCGAGAGAUCACCAACGCUGGCUACGGCAGUAACCUCAACAUGGAUGGUCAUGUCGAGUGCGAUGCUACUAUAGUUGACUAUCUCGGUCGUAGCGGUGCCAUUGGCGCUGCUUCUUACAUCAAGAACCCCAUCGCCCUAGCAAGAGUUGUAUUAGCGGAGUCAAUAAAGCCUCUAUCACUCUCUCGUGUUCCGCCGAAUCUACUGGUGGGAGAUGGAGUCGCAGACUUCGCCUCCGAGGUCGGCAUGGCUGUUGUGCCGCACGAGUUCCUGAUAUCUGAUGUCGCCAGAGAGCGAUAUGUCAAAUGGAAACAAGAUCUUCAAUCCGUGGCUGAGAAAGAAGCUCGGGAACGAAAAGGUGCUUCUAGGAAGAACUCUUCCAAUAAGGACAACAAGGCAAAAGCUUUUGACGAGCACGCCGUCAGCCCGCCAACAACGCCAGAUGAACCACCUUCGUUGUCCAGUAUCCCGACUCCCUCAAGACCCCUUGUUGCAUCUGCAGCUGAUCUGCCGGCAGAGGCUUUGCACGCCAAAGCGGGCUCUACACCAUACCCCAACGUCAGAUACUACGAUGCCCCCAAUAUUGGUCAACGUAUGAUGAUGCAAGAAGACGACAAUGGCGAGGCGAUGGAUGCCGACAUGGAGUGGGAGUCAUCUCCGCCACGACGUACAAGAGUCAGUGGCUCCUACGAUGGCUCUGGUGAUGAACACCUCCAUGUGCCUCGUAUGAAUGCUAGCCAGGGCGGUGAUCUCAGAGACGACAAUAUCGUCGAUACUGUGGGUGCCAUCGCCAUUGAUGGAUGGGGCAACAUUGCGGCUGGGUCUUCCUCGGGUGGUAUCGGUAUGAAGCACAAAGGUCGAUGUGGCCCAGCUGCUCUUGUUGGUGUGGGUACCGCGGUCAUCCCCAAGGAUCCCGAAGACCCAGAACAAGUCUCAGUUGCCACUGUCGUCAGCGGCACAGGCGAACACAUGGCCACCACCUCCGCAGCAGCUGCUGCGGCCGACCGUGUCUACUAUCCUCACAAGAAGGAGAAGAGGACUCUGGUUGAGUGUUCCGAAGACGAGGCUCUACAUCAUAUGAUUGCCGAAGAUUUCCUUGGUCAUCCAGGCGUCCGCAUGAGUCCCUGUCCUGGUGCGAUCGGCAUCCUUGCCGUGAAGAAGAUGAAGGAUGGCAUCUACUUCUACUUUGCGCACAACACCGACUCUUUUGCUAUUGCCUCGAUGCACAGUGAAGAGCGGAAGCCUGUUUGCGUUAUGUCGCGCAAUAAGGGCGGCGGGUCGAUCGCCCAAGGCGGACGACUCUCGCGCACACGUUCUGACCGGAAGGCCUCCUAG